UCAUCACCGCUCGAACACGAUCACCGGUCAGCCCUGGAGCUCUUCUCUCUCUAUCUCUCUAAUUCGCCAAAGACGGAAAUGGAAGACGCACACGCACGAGUAGAGUCGGUGGCCCUAGGGGACUGAUCGGGGAUCGGGACGGUGCUGCUGCUGCUGCUGCUGCUUCCGCUCUAAACAAUCUCUCAUGACAUAUAUCGGAUGGGGAGAGGUAGGCCCUGGGUUUAAUGGUAUGUUUUGUUUUCGUCGGCUCCAAAAUGAAGCAACAAACACGCAGACAGACGCACGCUCUCGACGCAGCAUGGCAUCUAAUGAUCGACGCCGAAUAUGCCCGACACCGAAUGCCACCCAGGCAGAGCGCGAUCCCCGAUCCCCGAUCCCCGGCAGCCGGAUUAAUUAUAAACCUCUGGGCGACGCCGCGCCUUGUUCUAUACGUUAAUGAAGACGACGAAGACUCUGCGGCACUGGCGGCGGCGGCGGUCGCGGCAACCGUUUAUGUUUUCUGCCAAGAUUCAAUGCUUUGAAUGCAUUCCCUUCCACUUGGCUCCCAUCGGUGUUUCCCCUGCUUUCUCUAACAGCUAGCAAGGGGAAAAAGAGCACGAUCGAACCCGGCAAUCGAUGUCCCCUUGAUCGAAGCCCCAGCGCACGGUUUGGAAUCCUUUAAUUAUCCAAAAUCGAAACACCGGGACGUGGAGGGCCCCGAGAAGCAGAAUAAAGACGGGCGAAGAAUUGUUCGGGGUUCCUCCUUUUGGGAGUGGGUAGUUUGUUCCGAGAUUUGAUUCUCCAUUUUGUGAACCCUGCAGAAUCGUGUCCGAUCCGUGUCUCUUCGCUCGCCGACUUGUGAGGUUUCACGGUUGAUUGGACCAGGCAGGCCAGGCCACUUGUGUUUCUCACUUGUAAAGUGUGUGGGGCCAUUGUUCCCAUCGUUCCCGAUUGCCGGCCGGGAGUCGCAGGUCGCCGGGAAUGCUAUCAAAUUCCCCUCCGCAUGGGAAUCCCACGAUCAAUCGAUCGAUCGAUCGAGGGACUGAUGAUCGAUGAAAUGAUAGCCACGUCGAAUCGCAUUCGUUGCCACUACUCGCUCACGAGCACGACGACGACGACGACGGGGUAGAUGUGUUGGAACGAAUCGGUUUAUGCACGGGAAUGGGGAGAGGAACUGACCGCCCUCCCUCCCCCGGGUUGUGCAAGAAACAGCGAGAACCCGCCGUCAACAAGUAGCAAGUUAAUUGUUGGCUUGGCGGGUGCGGUCGCUGUCGCUUCCAAGAUCCUUCUAGGAAGGCGAGAAAUGCCACUCCUCUGAUCCAUCAGUUGAUCGUCAUCACUUUGGGGCACCCGCUCAUUGAUCAUGCAAAGGGUGUCGCGUGUUUCAUUGUCUUCGGCGUCCCCUCCAAAACCCACGCCAUGCGCCUUGUCUAAGAAUAUGCUCUCUGGGAUCCGUGUACGUGCUCGUUCGACCGCGAAUGCGGGCUAUCGUGGUCGCGCGGCCCGAUCUGUUGUUGCAGCAAUUUCGUGCAAAAAACCACCAAACUGACCGAGCGUCGCGAACAUGGGUUCUUCGUGUGUUGUUGCUCUGGCCAGAGCUAGAGAAGAUCAAAGCAACGGCUCCCGACGUUCUAGCUCCAUUCUAGAGGGCGCGGACACAUUAAGUGGCGCGCGAUUCGCGUGUACGGCCGGCAUGGCUCUCGUAGAUCGUUCCACGGAAGCGCCAAAAACCGCUCGCUACACACCGAGCAGAGCUGGAGCACACGUUCCAUUUCAUGGUCGUCCCCAUGUAUUGGCCGGGUCUCUGUCCACCAGUUUGUGGUUGACCGGGUGUCCACCAUUAAUGGAUUUGCAUAUCAUUUACUAAUCAAAUCAUAAUCCGAGAAAACUAAUCAGAACAGAGAGCGAGAGGAAGAGAGUGGCCAUGGUGGUGGUGAUGAUGCGACGCCGGUUAAUGUGCGGCAUGGGAAUAUGCUUGCUGGUAGAGUAACUGGAUUGGGGGCCCAACCCUCUGAACACUGUGAAAUGCGGGAAGACCGAAUGGUAAUUUGAUUUUCUGAUCCCUCACUGUUUCCAUGUUCUUCGGCGACCUCACCGUGGCGGCGACCUCCGAUUGCCACCGAGAGCGGGCACAUGGUCAAGAAUACUCCGCCUUCAGAUCUUCGGUGAUCAUCGAUGUCGAUCGACGAUGCCCCGAAAACCCGAAUGUAGCGUCACGGUCACGGAAGACGGGAUUUUGUGGUUUUCGUGGUUGCCCCUACGACACUUUUAGGGAUUCUUCAUCAUCAUUACGGCAACCAACGCGGCGGCGGCACCACUGUGGAAUGUGUUGUUGGUCCGUAAUCCUCCAUUGUUGAAGGUGGUGCAGCAGGUCGUUCCGUGGCCCUUGACACAGGACAGGAAGCUCCAAUUUGCUGCUCGCUCAAUCGCCUCAGCAGGCGAGCUAUUCCCCUCUUCCCGGGCCUUUCCAUUCCAUUCUUUUCUCUCACUCUCACUGCGUUGCGUUUUAUGUUGGGCUAAC